AUGGAGCCAGUCCUGGCAGACGCUGAGCAGUCGCCCCAUUUCCUCGCUAACUGCUCGGGCGCCAACGCGUCGGAGCCGGAGCCGGAGCUGGCCGGGGGCGGCCGCAGCGCUGCGUCCAUCGCGCUGGCGGUGGCUAUCACGGCUCUCUACUCUGCUGUGUGUGUGGUAGGACUGUUGGGCAACGUACUGGUCAUGUAUGGGAUCGUAAGAUACACCAAGAUGAAGACAGCCACCAACAUCUACAUCUUCAACCUGGCCCUGGCUGAUGCCUUGGUCACCAGCACACUGCCCUUCCAGAGCGCCAAGUACCUGAUGGAGACGUGGCCCUUCGGGGAGCUGCUCUGCAAGGUGGUUCUCUCCAUCGAUUAUUACAACAUGUUCACCAGCAUCUUUACCCUCACCAUGAUGAGUGUUGACCGAUACAUUGCCGUCUGCCACCCUGUCAAGGCCCUUGACUUUCGCACACCAGCCAAAGCAAAACUGAUCAACAUCUGCAUCUGGCUCCUUUCCUCUGGCGUUGGUGUGCCCAUCAUGAUCAUGGCCGUGACCCAGGCCCGGGACGGGAUGGUGGUCUGCAUGCUACGAUUCCCUAACCCCAGCUGGUACUGGGACACCGUGACCAAGAUCUGCGUGUUCAUCUUCGCCUUCGUGGUACCCAUCCUGAUCAUCACCGUGUGCUACGGGCUGAUGAUUCUGCGCCUGCGGACCGUGCGCCUGCUCUCCGGCUCCAAGGAGAAGGACCGCAACCUGCGGCGCAUCACCCGCAUGGUGCUGGUGGUGGUGGCCGCCUUUAUCAUCUGCUGGGCGCCGAUCCACGUCUUCGUCAUCGUCUGGACCCUUGUGGACAUCGACAAGAGGAACCCGCUGGUGGUGGCCAGCCUGCACCUGUGCAUUGCUCUGGGCUACACCAACAGUAGCCUCAACCCCGUGCUUUACGCCUUCUUGGAUGAAAACUUCAAGCGCUGCUUCCGGGAGUUCUGCCGGCCCUUCCGCCGGGGACCCCACCGGGAACCCAGCAGCUUCAGCCGGGCCCGGGAGGCCACCAUCCGUGAGCGCGUCUCCACCUGCUCUCCUUCAGACGGCCUGAGUAGGCCGGCCUGA